AUGUUGCCUCUAGUUCAGAUGCACCAUACGGUGCCACAGGCGCCAAACUUCGAUCCCCUCCCGCCCUUCCAGCAGCCACAACAACAGCAGCACCACCUCCAGCACCGCCAGCCAGAAGACUACCCACCGCAACAACAUAACUACCAUCUGCUUCCUCACUUCAGCACGUAUACGUUCAAUCAGAACUUACGCUGCCCGCCAGCCGGCUCGGCGAAUGCUCUUUUCCCUGACGGCAAGACGCCACGAUCCUUUCCAAUUCGGACUUCUUCACACCCAAAUCAACCGAUACAGCGCCGCACGACGGCCGCAGGCCAGUCGCAUUUUCUUGACGGACCGGAACAUCAGUUGCGACGUAAAACGCCGAAUGGCACUAUUGAAGCUGGCUACGAUGGUUCUCAUGCUCAAUACGCCUCGAGGCCUCCGCCCCUGAAGCAGAUGGCGCUCCCGGCGGUUCAAAUGGCGUAUAAUACGAACCGCCCUCAUCAGACCACCGACCAGAUCCGCAAUUCUUUACCUGUCCGUGAUCAGGCAGGCGGUAGUUUGAACAUAACGCCUCCAUCAUAUCAACUAUGGCCACUUGCACAGGACUUGACCCACCAGUCGAUGCACUCUACCGUCUCUCUGGCCUCUUCGCAAUACGGGUUCAACACUCCGGACACGGCUGCGCUGUUUUGCUCUACUCCUCAGCUUCAUUCGCGGCCUUCGCUGUUCAAUACCAACUCAUACUUCCCCGGGACCCUCCCUUCUGGGAACACCGGAGCCAGUAUCCCGGGACUACUACAUGUAGCCAACUCGUGGUUUCCGACGCAUCAGCAAGAGCAGAGUUAUGUCGGCCCGCCGAUGCACCAUACCCCGUCUCCGUCACCAUCGAUUUACGACCAUCGUUACUCCAAGGUGCAGAAUCAGAUUACAGGACCGUCUGCCCACUUCACUCCACAGGAUCCUUACGCUCACCUCUCAGCAUACGGGUCUGGCUUUUUGCAACCUGCGCAAACUCAUUUAGAGGCUCUUACACUAGAACCGCACCAAGCUAUCAGCACUGUUGAUUCUAUGAACAAGACACAUUCUUCCGCAUUCAGAGAAAAGGCGCUGGCUCAAGCGCACCGAAGUUAUGUCGACUUACUCGCACUCUUGCAUCACGGGCGCAAAACUCAGCAGUUGAGGCCUGGCUCAGCUCUGAGCACUACCUCGAGAAUGGUGGUAUAUCCCAAGCCACCUAAACAGCCCAUCGUCACCUUGGCCCCGGACCUCUUUUUCCCGGGAGAUGCCGCUAUGAUGGCCAACGCAAGCCACAGAAACAACCAAGACAGCAUGCUAUUCGGUCCCUUGGGAGUCAAAUCGCCACUCACAACGCAGCAUGCUGGCUGGGACGGGGUUACGGAUUUCCGGCAUGGCAAUUUCCCGGUCACGAACUCCAGCGGAUCUCCGUAUCCGAAUCAGAUCUCGAGAGGCUCACCUCUUGCGAAUGCCAAAAGUUCCCUAGAGCUUCUCACCCGUCUAUGUGAGCAUUCCGAGUGGAAAUGGAUCGAUGGUGUUCUACUGGGAGGCUGCUUGCACUACGGCCUGGAACACUUCGAGGAAGCCUUAGAAUGGUUUACCCGAAUCACUUCACUAGAGCCGAAUCAUGUUGAAGCAGUGUCGAAUCAGGCGGCGACUUUGUACUGCCUGAACAGACAAGAUGAGGCAGAGAAAUGCUGGUUGAAGGCGAUCAAAACUCGACCGCAAUACCUUGAAGCCGUAGAACAUUUGGUCGGUCUGCUGUAUAAAAAGAAAAGCGUCGCCGCGGUUGAUGUCAUCGAUUUUGUUCAAAAGUCUCUCAGGCUACCAAAGGGAUCAACAGGAGAGACUGGCUAUGACACUACCGCCGCCCAAAGAGAUGCCGCUUCCAGCUUGGCGGCUAGCCUUUUCAACGAAAGCCGAACCCAGCCUGGCUUUGGUUCGAGCGGUUAUGCUAUUCCAGGUACCGAAAAUGGCCGCAUACUCGCAUUAGUCCAUGCCAAAGGGACAAUGCUGUACAGUCUGAAGGAUAUCGCAGGGGCGUCUGAAGCCUUUGAGGAAGCUGUCUUGAUCAGCGCAGGAAGAAGAACAUCAUCUGUUCAGACGUUGGUCCGACAGAUCCAGCAGGUUCUGGCACCAAACGGCAGCAAUCACCACGUCAUCGACAAUGCGACGCCGUCUCGCCCCUUGUUACUGCCACCUGAACAGGCGAGGCGCACGGCAAAGCUGGUAUUUUCUAACAACGGCGAUCUUCCUGGACUACGGUUCGUGCCUGAAGGCGGCCCAAGGCGAGCGGCAAUUCAAACUACUAGCAACUCGCUACUUUCUCUCGCCAAGAUAUUCCAGGAUGCCAUGUCCUCUAGCUCGCAGGCUGCGGGACUAGUGAGGAAGUCAGCCGGGGUUGGUGACAUUCUGUCUCUUUACUAUCUUUCAUUGUCACUUCAAGAGAGCCCAUCAACUGCAAACAAUGUAGGCAUUCUACUUGCCAGUGUACAGCAGCCUAUGGCAGCGACGUCGAGUCGGACUUUGUCAUCAUUGCCCAGUAUUCCUGGCAUUACCCCUGGCAGUGGACUCGCUUUGGCUCUUGCGUACUACAACUACGGGCUUACACUGGAUCCAAAGCACGUUCACCUGCACACCAACCUCGGCAGCCUUCUCAAGGACAUUGGUCAGCUGGACCUUGCGAUCCAGAUGUAUGAGCAGGCUGUCCAGUGCGAUGGAAAUUUUGAUAUCGCCCUAACAAAUCUUGCAAAUGCCGUCAAGGAUCGAGGGCGUAUCAGUGAUGCGAUAACAUACUACAAAAGGGCUGUUCAUUCCAAUCCAGAAUUUGCAGAAGCAGUAUGCGGGUUGUCUACAGCCUUGAACUCGGUUUGCGACUGGAGAGGCAGGGGCGGCGCACUCCUACAGGGGGGCACGUAUGAUCGCUGGCAUGUCGACAACGACGGCAUGUUUUUCGAUGCCAGGAAGGAAGACCAAGGAUCCGGCCUCACGAAGAAGGUUAUCGACAUCGUGUCGCGCCAACUCGCUGACGCGUCAACUUGGGGCGUUGGCGUUCUACAGAAUACCGAUAUUGAAGCACUGGUUGCACAGCUUUGUUCGGCCGACGGGGAGUCGAAUGACGCCCACACCGACUUCUCGACAAAGCUACUUAGCUGGUCCAAGAGCCCGUGGGAGGGAUCGCGUCUGCUGAGGCUCGUUGAGCGUGGAGCACGGGCAGCGAUGCGGCGAUGGUAUUGCGACAAGUUUGUUCAGGGUUCAAUGAAGUCGACCUCGGAGUACAUGCGCCCUCAACUGCCGUCUACCCUCGCUGUACCGUCCGCUCCAACAGUCCUCCCAUUCCAUACCUUCACCUGUCCCUUGACUGCGAAAGACAUUCGCAUGAUAUCACAACGCAACGCGUUCAGGAUCUCCUGUUCUACACUUCGCUCCCCUUGGCUUCCAAAGACCGUCUACCCCCCGCCUGCGCCUCCAUCGCCUCAUCUGAAUGUCGGCUAUGUUUCUUCAGACUUCAAUAAUCAUCCCUUGGCUCACCUUAUGCAAUCCGUUUUCGGUUUUCACGAUCCCACCCGCGUAAAAGCAUUCUGCUAUGCCACGACAGCAAGUGAUAAAUCUGUUCAUCGGCUGCAGAUUGAACGUGAAGCGCCUGUGUUCCGAGAUGCCAGCACAUGGACUUCGGACAAGCUAGUUGAGCAAAUCGUUCAAGACAAUAUUCACAUCCUUGUCAACCUGAAUGGCUAUACUAGAGGCGCCCGCAACGAAAUUUUUGCGGCGAGACCUGUUCCGAUCCAAAUGUCCUUCAUGGGCUUCGCCGGCAGCUUGGGUGCCGAGUGGUGUGACUAUCUGCUUGCAGACGCCACAGCAAUUCCGCCGGAGACACUACGCCCUUGGCGUGGUAACCUCUCUGUCACAGACGUUUUUGAGGACAAAACUGAAGAAGGCGAGGGAGACUGGAUCUACUCGGAGAACAUCGUGUUCUGCAGAGACACUUUCUUCUGCUGUGACCAUGCGCAGUCGAGCGACCCCGAUGAACAUAAGGUUUCAUGGGAAGAUGAGCAGCGCCGACGGUGGAGCAUGCGGAAAGAGUUGUUUCCCAGCCUGCCCGAUGAUACCGUUAUCAUGGGAAACUUCAAUCAACUAUACAAGAUCGACCCUACAACAUUUCGGACGUGGCUACGCAUCCUAGCACAGGCUCCCAAGGCCAUCCUAUGGCUCUUGCGAUUCCCCGAACUGGGAGAAACAAAUCUUAGGAGAACGGCGAAGGAUUGGGCCGGGGAAGAAGUUGCUAGCCGAAUCAUCUUCACGGACGUGGCACCGAAGAACCAGCAUAUAUCCCGAGCUCGCGUCUGCGAUUUAUUCCUCGACACUCCCGAGUGUAACGCGCACACCACGGCCGCAGAUGUAUUGUGGUCUAGUACACCUCUUCUCACACUACCACGAUACCCCUACAAGAUGUGUUCGCGUAUGGCGGCAUCAAUUUUGAAGGGCGCGCUGCCUAGAGGUCCCGUUGGUGUUGAGGCAGCAAAAGACCUCAUCGCCGGCAGUGAAGAAGACUAUGAGCUCUUUGCCAUCAGACUAGCUAAUGGCUUGUCCUAUCGAGUCGGUCGUGGUGGCUAUGGUGAAGGCAGGGGUCGGUUGGCAACCUUGCGCAAAACACUGUGGGACAGCAAAUGGACCUGUGCGCUUUUCGAUACCAGACGAUGGGUGGUUGAUCUAGAGAAGGCCUACGACGAGGCGUGGCGACGAUGGGUGGCAGGAGAGGACGGAGACAUCUACUUGUAG